AUGACACUCACGAAAAAUAUUAUUAGUAAAAGUUGGCGUGACUCUGCAGCGUUGAUAAUUCUCGCUAAGCGUAGGAAUGAGGUAUCACCGCGAGUGAAUAAUGGUGGCCGUGUUAAUUACGACAUAUUGUUGCAGACUCGAACGAAUACGGCUUCGUUUGCUAACAGCGUGGUGUUUCCCGGCGGUGUCACUGAGCCCAUCGACGGCUCCCAACGUUGGCUGACUCUUCUCUCCACCUUCGGGUAUUCCAAACGAGACUUUGAGUCUUUCCACCACCCUGGCGGCCCCAUUACGCCAAUUUUCCAAGAGGAUCCUAUACAAAGACACAUUCAACUAAGAAUAACAGCUAUAAGAGAGACAUUUGAAGAGUUGGGCCUACUUAUUUGUAGUCGAAAACACAAGAAACACCGCAUUGGGCAAUGGGCGGAUGUUAUUGAAGAUAUUGACGUAGCAUAUUGGCAAAAUCGGAUACACAAGAACCCAGAGGACUUGCUAUUGCUCUGUGAGGAGCAAAAGUGCUACCCCGACCUAUGGUCGCUGAAUUACUGGAGCAACUGGCUAACCCCAACUACUCAAAAGAAAAGGUUUAACACUGCAUUCUUUCUUGCUGCAGUUGAACAGAAGCCAGACAUUAACAGUAACUCGGAAGUGACUAAAGUUGAGUGGUUAACUCCUGCUGAAGCCUUAGACGGUGACAGGACUUUGUACCCACCACAAUUAUAUGAGAUCAAUCGGCUGUCCCAUGUGAAGGAUAUUAAAAAAUUGAUAAAAUUUGCCAAUGAGCGUAGCAGAUAUGACAGUGAGCUGUCAUUUCCAGUCUAUGUGAAAGUUAAGGAUGGCAUCCUACAUUUAUUGCCUGGUGAUGACUUAUACCCUACAAUUGUAGACUACAACGACAAUACCAUUAAAUAUAUAGACAAAACUAUACUAGAAUUAAGAGGAAGUAGUAAAACACUUAAUAGACUCGAAAUUUGUGAGAACAACCGAGUGUUUAUAAUAAAAAAUUACAAACCGGAACAUCAUAUCAAUAUGGAAGAUCAGAUCAUUGGAGCAAGGGCCACAGUAUAA